AUGAGAUGCUUGUCCAGCGCAGGCUACUCCCCAGCUAACGCUGUUACCAACUCCUUGGUUGUAAGAGAUAGCUGUGUCGGUCGAUGCUUUUUAGACGGUCCUCGGUUCGGAGAUUGUUGGUGCGACGCUGCUUGCGAAUUGACUGGAGACUGUUGUUCAGACUACAUUGAACAUUGCCAGGGGGCACAUAUGCCAACUACUACUGCACAACCAGCUGUCGAUGAAUGUAACCCGGAUGCACCGUUGCACAACUGCGAUGACAAUGCAAUCUGCAAUGAUACCUUCGAGGGUUUCUCAUGCACCUGUAGACCAGGGUAUGCAGGAAACGGCGUGUAUUGCACGGAUGUGGAACCGCCCAGCAUCACUUGCCCUGCCGACUUCACAGUCUACACGGACUGCAGGAAGAGCUACUCAACGGUUUCCUUGCCAGACGUCCAGUCUGCAUCCGACAACUCCGGCCAGUAUACCAUCAGCAUAAACAUUGGCGGCUCGAUGUACGAGGUUGGCGACACCACGACUCUCAGUCUGGGAGCAUCUCCUCACAUGGUCCGCUACACCGCUACUGACAAUUCCAACACUGCAGACUGUGAUACAAACGUGACGGUGGCAGAAGUUUCCGAUGGAACAUUCUGUGAAGAAACCGGAUCCCCACCAAACUGCAUCUGUAAGUCAAACGAAGGGCUCGACUGCACUUGUUUCUACAAAAACUGUGGUCAUGACUGUUCUCAAUCCGCUGAAGGAGUGGAAUGUACAGGACCAGGCAAACCAUAUCCAAAGUGCACAGAUGUUGAUCUAUGCGAUCCUGGUUACUCAGGACCACGCUGUGAUAGCGACAGUAACACUCUGCAGUGUCCAGAAGUUGACAACCGCUGUAUUUCUGACAGACUGUCGUCCGUAGAGAUUAGUUGGACGCUUGGCCCCCCGGGUUCUAGCUCCGACGUAACUUGCACAGAUUCCUUUGAUGGAGCCACUGUGGAGACUACUGGGGGUGUGUUUGGUGUUGGCAUGCACCACGUAGUCUGCUCCUCGGCAACUAAUGCCUUCCCACACUGCCUAAUUUCUUUCAGUGUUUCAUACUUCCCCUCUCUGACAGUACCUAAAGUCGGUGGGCAGUGCACGGAUCCAGGCAUGAACACAUCUACAGUGACAUGGACCGAGGUUCAUGCCACGGACGCCGGUGAAGUCACCAUCGAUUGCACAGAUUCUGGUGAUGGCGUCGGUGUCGGUGUUGCCGGGGGUGUAUUUGGAGUCGGGCCGCAUAUCAUCACAUGCCGUGCUGUCAAUGAUGUUGGGUGUUCAAGGUCAAAGCUCUUCACGUUCAACGUCGUUGAGGGCAAUCUCGUCCCAUUUGGAGAAGAAAUCGGAGACUCCCUGUUGUUAAAGGAACCACAGAGGCCACACUUAGCAAAGGAUCUGAUAUCACCUACCAUCUAUCCACCAAACUUCUUUCCCUUCGGCAGCAAGCUUUAUGAAAAGAUAUACUUUACCGACAAUGGUGUGAUUGUCCUGUCCAACGACCAAAGCCUUGAUAAACGAGCGUUCCCCAGUCCGCGGGGUAAAACUUUCCUCGGUGACAGGACGAUGAUAGCGCCGUUUUGGGCGGAUGUCAAAGCUAACGCCUUCACUGCCACAGAUAAUGUGUUUUGGCAGGUGCACGAUCAGUAUGAUCCAAAUGUCAACCAGAACAUGCUGGAUGUUGCUAGUCUCAUAGUUUCAGCCUACUACAGUGGUUUUUCAGCAAACUGGGCUCUGUCUAUUACCUGGAGAAAUGUAAAGGCCAUAUCACCCUUAGAAGACACAAAUACCUUCCAAGCUUUGCUUGUGACUGACGGGGUCCGCGCUUUCGUCGUUUUCAAUUACGAUCCCUGCGGCAUGAACUGGGAUACCAGUUUUUUGCCCAACAAAAACGUCAUCCAGGGCUACACCUCCGGAGUCUUUGGCGAAACUGUGUAUGUAGACAUACCCGAAGAAUCACAGUUUCGUCCCGGUGGCAUAGUGGGCAACACAGGGAAGGCAGGACGCUGGGUCUACCAACUCGACAGCCUCCCAGACGGUUUUGUCAAUCCACGUUUGUCCUGCCACAAUUGGUACCACCGCCAGGAACCGUACCCACUGUUUGCCAUCCACUAUCCUCCGCUCGCAGACACGUGCCCAUGCAGUCUGUGGAACGCCAGAUUUGAUUGGAGAUACACCGAGGCCUCGCAAUCAGUUGUCUUGCCAGAUGAUGGAAAUUCAUAUCCCGCUGUUUGCUACGUCAGGCUUUUCCAGGUUUCUUGGAUUCCUGGUCCACUGUGCUGCUAUAAUCUUGUCGGUCGAGAUCUUGUGUACGACGUCCGAAGUGCAAGGGUCGCGUCUGUCUUUGAGAGGUAUCCGCUUGGGCCUAUAUUCUACACGGCCGACUCUUUCGACUUAUGGAAAAGUGAAGAAGUUCUUCCACGUUAUUAUUGUUGUCAGAAGUCUACUCUUUGCCACCUGUACAGAACAUGGCGACCUCUAAUGACUUGCGGGUGGUACAGGCCCCCGGCUUGGAUGUGGGGCUGGGGAGACCCCCAUGUCGUAACUCUUGAUGAACUGGAGUACUCCUUCAAUGGUCUGGGUGAAUACACACUUUCACUCAUCGAAGAUGACGAUGGACAACGAGUCUUUGAACUGCAAGGUCGCACACGACAGGCCGUGGAUACGGAGACAGGGGAACUUAGUAAGGCCACUGUCUACUCUGGUUUCGCUGCGGUGUACACAGGAGAAGCAAAGAUUGAGAUCAAGUUGAGUGAGGAUGCCAUUGAUUUGAUAACGACUGUCAAUGGGACAGUUGUCACACCCACUGCUGAAGGAUUGCAGUUUGAUAAUCUUCAGGUAACGAGGGCGGAGAACCCAAUCAAAGUGAGCGUCAUGUAUUCUGAGUACGUCUCCUUUACUGUCGGGGUGAAUAACAGCAUGGCCGAUAUCACAGUCCUUUUCAACGAGGACUUCAAAGGCAAAACGAAGGGAAUUCUAGGUGUCUGGGAUGACGACCCAAGCAAUGAUGUGUUGACGCGUAAUGGCACUCUGCAAACGGGCUCUGGAGACAAUGGAGAGCUGGUGGAGAGGGACUACUUCGAAUUUGGCGAAACAUGGCGAGUUGUGGAGGAAGACUCUCUGUUCUUCUAUCAGUCUCCUGAUGAAAGCUACGACUCCUUGAACGACCCCAACUUCACUCCAGACUUCCUGCAAGAUUUGAUCGACAAGGCACCGCCGGGAAAAUACGACGAGGCCAAAGCGGUCUGCGGAUCUAGCAACGAGUGUCUGUACGACUCCUUGGCUCUGAAUGAUACCAGCAUCGGUAUGGCUACAUCAACACUCAAUGAGAUGAACAUGGAAAACAUGGCAAUCGCAACCAAUUUCCCACCAAACAUAACACUUGUGGACACCAUUGAAGUUAUUGUGGGCAAGAACUUCAUCCUACAACUAGAAGCAGUUGAUCCUGACGGGGAUGACGUCACUUUUGACUUACUUGAGAUGGUAGCAGAGGCAGCCAUUUCAGCCUCAGGUCGAUUUUCCUGGACACCACAGGACAAGAGUAAGGUGAAGAUCGGUUUCUUAGCAACAGAUGGAAAAGCGAAUGCCACGCUGGAACCAAUCGUGAAGCUCUGUGACUGUCAGAAUUACGGCACCUGCCUGUUUGAUCAGUACGCUAGUGGAGUGGACAUAGUUAGGGACCGAUUCGGGGUGGUGUUAUGCCAAUGUGAGCCCGGCUGGUCGGGAGAGUUCUGUGAAGAGAACUACGACGCAUGCGCAGACAACCCGUGUUUCCUGAAUGUUGAUUGCGUGGAUGAGGAUCCACCCUCGUUGAACAGCACCUGCGGACCUUGUCAAGCGGGACUUGAGGGGGACGGGAAAUCGUGUCAAGAUAUAGAUGAGUGUGAGCUGUACAAAGACCAGCCAGCAAGCGGUGGUGGACUGGGCUGCGACCAGAACUGUCACAACAUCCUCAUGAACUUCACGUGUAGCUGCAAUGCUGGAUACUUACUGCAUGAAGAUGGGAAGCGAUGCAUUUACGUUACAGACGAAUGUCACUUGUCUGCGUUGAGCUGUUUGAAUGGAGGGACCUUUGAUGCGGAGUUUUGCGAGUGCGUCUGUCCACUUACGCACUCGGGAAUGACGUGUGCCGAUGAGAAUCGCUGUCUUUCCAGCAACAGAUGUGGAAAUGACCAAUACUGUUUACCAAGCAAUGAUCCGUCGGGAUUCACUUGCCACUGCAAUAUCAUCCAAGGGUUUGUCGAGGGUGAUUCUGGUCAGUGCCAACAUUACCCAUCCAAGAAUGCUGUGAUCACUGCCCUUAUGGACUUCAACGAUGCCUUCAAAAACCCAACGUCGAAAGCAUUCAAUAAAACUGCAACUGUGUUUGAGAAUGCAAUUUUGAAGACCCUUAAAGAUCACCCAUCAACCAAUGACGUUUUGUCGGUGGUAGUUCCUUUACUGGAGGAGGGCAGCGUUGUCAUCAGAUCUGUAGCACUGUUUGGAACUGCUGCACCGUCCAACGCCAUUCUACGUGAAGUGCUGUCAAGCAGUGAUACACUGACUGAUGGCAGUACAGUCAUUAACAUCGAUCAAAACUCGAUCCUUGUGGAUGAUGAGGCAAUAGACUGUGUACCGACUUACUGCAUGAACGGUGGGACGUGUGAGACAUCGGGCAUCUUUCCUUAUAAGAACUACGCAUGCAGGUGCCCUGAGGCCUUUAGCGGUAAGCGAUGUGAGUCCGAAGUGUUGCCACAUCCAGAAGAUGGACUAUCAACAUUGGCCCUAGCUUUCAUCAUCAGUGGGUCUAUCGCUUUGGCUGUCGUGGUGGUAGUCGUGCUAGUCUGCAUUGUUCUUCACAAACAAAGCCUGCAGGCAAAGGUUUCUGCCAACCACCGGAAUAAGGUUGCCCCGAUUAUAGUUGAGGAAGCGGUGGUGGACAACAUCAGUGACCCGACUGACCUCAAGGAGGGUUUGGAAGGCCAUGAAGCGUUUGCUAUGUCAUAUAUGGCUUCAGGUAUGGAGAAUCGCAGUGACGAUACAGCAGAUGACGUCGAUGGCUAUGUGGAUCGCAAUCCUCAUGUCUGCUAG